CCCAUGGAUAAUAACCCUUCGGAUCAUCCCCGGGCCAGCACCAUCUUUCUAAGCAAGUCGCAGACAGAUGUUUUGAUGCCCAACAAGAGAGUUCGAGAAAAGCGAAAAAGCCUUUACAUCAACCAUUUUACACACAUUUCGGAAAGCAAGCAUCAUUCAGGCCCACUGAGACGAAAAUACAGCUCCUGUUCCACCAUAUUUCUGGAUGACAGCACAGUCAGCCAGCCCAACCUCAAAUACACCAUCAAAUGUGUAGCUCUGGCAAUCUACUACCACAUAAAAAACAGGGAUGUCGACGGACGAAUGUUGUUAGACAUUUUUGAUGAGAAGCUGCAUCCUCUCACGAAGUCUGAGGUUCCUGCUGAUUAUGACAAAUACGACCCUGAGCAGAAGCAGAUCUACCGCUUCGUCAGGACGCUUUUCAGCGCUGCACAGCUCACCGCUGAGUGUGCUAUUGUCACUCUGGUUUAUCUGGAGAGGCUUCUCACCUAUGCUGAGAUUGACAUCUGCCCUGCCAAUUGGAAGCGUAUCGUGUUGGGAGCCAUCCUCCUAGCUUCUAAGGUCUGGGACGACCAGGCGGUCUGGAAUGUUGACUACUGCCAAAUCCUCAAGGAUAUCACAGUAGAGGACAUGAAUGAGCUGGAGCGACAGUUUCUGGAGCUGCUGCAGUUUAACAUCAACGUACCAUCCAGCGUAUAUGCCAAGUAUUACUUCGACCUGCGCUCCUUGGCCGAGGCCAACAACCUCAGCUUCCCUUUGGAACCGCUCAGCAGAGACAAGGCCCUGAAGCUAGAGGCCAUCUCACGGUUGUGUGAUGAUCAGUACAAGGACUUGAGGAAACUAGCCAAGAAGCGAUCGGUGAGCGCGGACAACCUGAUGGUGGUGCGAUGGUGUCCAGCCAUCAUUUCCUAACACUGGUCUUUCUCAGAGGAAUAAAUAGACAUUUGCCAUAUUGUUGCCUGAAAAGCAGGGAGGCAAGCUGGGCCGCUGACUGUGGACCAGUGGGGCAGUCUGGAAUACAUACCAACACAAACCUCCACUCAGACUGGAACCUAAACAUAAAGAGUUUGCCCUCUCUCUCUCUCUCUCUGUCUCUCUCUGGCUGUUGUACAUAAAAGGUCCAACUAGCUGCUGGAAUCAAACCAAACUGAGCUGACAGAUGCUGAAUGCAGAUCUGAGCUGCAGGAGAAAAGCAAGGGAAUGGAAAUAUAUUGAGACUGUGAAGAUGGAAAAAGUUUCAAUUGCAAAACCUACAAGAAACAUUUUUCUUUAACACUCCGCCGGUAUGUACAUCCGAUUAAUGGAUGUUGGUCACAUUCCUUCAGUUUAAAUCUGCUGGUUUAGGCGUUUCCUUCAUUGGAUGAUGACAUCACCGUCUUACAUCCCAUACUCACAUCGCAGUUUAUUUUUACAAUAUCCGCUUAUAUUUUUACAUAUGUUUGUACAUUCCAUUCUUUAGGUGAAAACAUGCUAUUCCUGUUACUAGACCACAUAUCAUCAAAACAAAUAAGUACAUAAAUCUAUCCAUAUAUCAUCAAAUAUUAAUUCAGAGAGGAUAAA